AUGGAUCACGAUACUGAAGUUAUAAUUAAGGAUUUUAAUAGCAUUCUUGAAGAACUAACUUUUAAUUCGAGACCUAUCAUUACCACCCUCACGAAGUUGGCAGAAGAAAAUAUUUCAUGUGCUCAAUAUUUUGUUGAUUCUAUUGAGAGUAGAAUUGAGAAAUGCAUGCCCAAGCAGAAACUAUAUGCCUUUUAUGCUCUGGACUCCAUUUGUAAGAACGUUGGCAGCCCAUACACAAUCUACUUUAGUAGAAAUUUGUUUAAUUUGUACAGAAAAACGUACUUGUUAGUCGACAAUACGACAAGAACAAAACUAAUUAAUAUGUUCAAACUUUGGUUGAAUCCCAAUGACACUGGACUACCUCUGUUUGAAGGCUCAGCAUUGGAAAAGAUAGAACAAUUUCUGAUUAAGGCCAGCGCUCUACACCAGAAAAAUCUUCAGGCAAUGUUACCGACUCCAACCGUUCCCCUCCUAUUGAGGGAUAUUGAUAAAUUAACCAGUUUGACCAGUGAAAGACUGAAGAAUCAGCCAAACGAUGAAAAAUUGAAAAUGAAGCUCCUGGUUUUAUCGCAACUGAAACAAGAACUGAAACGAGAAAAGCAGACUCCUACUGCUUUGAAACAAGUCCAAAUGCAAUUAAGGCAGGUUUUUUCGCAGGACCAACAAGUGUUGCAAGAAAGAAUGAAGUAUCACGAAUUUCAACAGCAUCAGCAGCAACAGCAGCAACAGCAAUAUCAUGAAACUAAGGAUAAAAUUGGUACUCCUCCUCAAAACUCUAAUGCAGCCAUCCCACUGUUUGGCAAUAAUUCUGAUACAAUAAACCAACCGGGCUCUUUAUCUUCCUCUCUGUUUGGAAAUAUUUCUGGCGUUGAAUCCUUUCAAGAGAUAGAGAAAAAAAAAUCACUAAUUAAAAUCAAAAAUCUCUAUGCAUCUCUGGAGUCUGAGGGACUAAUAUAUACUCCACCAAAAGAAUCCAUCGUAACACUUUAUAAAAAACUAAACGGACAUUCAAGAUACUCACUCGAUUCUCACGAACAACAAUUAAUGAAAAACUUGCCAAAGAUUCCUUUGCUGAACGAUAUUCUUUCUGACUGCAAAGCCUAUUUUUCUACAGUCAAUAUUGACGUUUUAAAUAACCCAGCCCUACAGUUGUCUGAACAGACUCUUCUUCAAGAAAAUCCCAUCGUCCAGAAUAACCUCAUUCACCUGCUGUAUAGAUCAAAACCGAAUAAGUGUAGUGUGUGUGGCAAAAGAUUUGGCAAUUCAGAAAGUGAAAAAUUAUUACAGAACGAACAUUUGGACUGGCAUUUCAGAAUAAAUACAAGAAUCAAGGGAUCUCAAAAUACAGCAAAUACAGGUAUAAGCAGCUCUGGUUCAAACACUACUACUACAAGAAAGAAUAUCCAAUCAAGAAACUGGUACUUGGACGACUCUCAGUGGAUAGCCUUCAAAGAUGAUGAAAUUACCUCGACAAAGCAUAAAAGUGAUUAUAGUGAUACAAGUACCAAUAGAAAUAUUAAUAAGAGUAAUGAGAUCAAUCACAUUAAUGACCCUAGUGAAAAUUCUGUAGAUAACACUUCAGAAAAUGGUAAGAAUGAUGACGUGAGAAUACGAGAAAGGUAUGUUGUUGUACCAGAAACGUCACAGGAUAUGGCUUUCAAAUGUCCAAUUUGUAAGGAAACAGUCACUGGUGUGUAUGAUGAAGAAUCUGGUGAAUGGAUUUGGAAAAAUACCAUCGAAGUUAACGGUAAAUAUUUCCACUCGACCUGUUAUUAUGAAACAUCACAAAAUUCAAAUAUACUUGAUGAAAGUAAGGUUGGUUUGGAUGACUUAAAAAAACUGGUUACUAAAUGA